CGAAGAACGGUCGGGGAUGGAGAUCGGUUUGUGGUGAACGAUGCUACUGGAAGAUUUCACUGACAUCAUGCUGCAGGUCACAAGAAAACCCUGGAACUUGGGGAAGAAUCUUCAGAAACAGAAUGGGAGACAUUAUGUGGGAAUGUUGUUAAUUAACUCAGACUGAGAUGGACAACAAAAUAAACCUGUUGAAUACCAGAAUCUAAUUUUAGCAGUUUGUUAAGGAAGCAAAAUUACUUUCUGUAUGAGAAAAAUGCUGAGAACUACUCCUGAUGAGAUCCAGAAAGCCAUGAGUGAAAGAGAGGUCAGAUCAAGUUUCAGAGUUUUCAACGGAAUGGUGGUUUGAGCAAGCUAACAAAGGAAAUUUAAAAACACAAACAUUCAAUCAGCAAACCUGUUUUUCUUCCUUCCAUCAGCAAGAAAAGGAGUUUUUAGUGUUGAAUAUUGCUGUCAUGGCUGUGACUGUUGGAGAAAUGUUGUGGACACUUUGUGCAUUGUCUGUUCUUUUGGGACGGGGUGGUGGCCACAGUAUGUUUGCCUGUGAACCCAUUUCCCUGAGAAUGUGCCGUGACCUGCCUUACAAUAUGACAUUUAUGCCAAAUCUCCUGAAUCACUAUGACCAGCAAACUGCAGCCCUGGCUAUGGAGCCAUUCCAUCCUCUUGUAAACUUGGAAUGUUCCAGGGAUCUACAGCCGUUCCUAUGUGCAAUGUAUGCCCCUGUUUGCACAGAGUAUGGACGUAUUACACUGCCAUGUCGUAAACUCUGUCAGCGAGCAUAUCUGGAGUGCAAUAAGCUGAUGGAGAUGUUUGGAGUCAUGUGGCCAGAGGAGAUGGAGUGUAUAAAAUUUCCAGACUGUGAUGAAGCCUAUCCACGCCAGACUGACUCUAUUUCAGGUGGUGAUCCCACAGAGGAGGCCCCAAUGGCAGUGCAGAGAGACUAUGGUUUUUGGUGCCCACGGGAAUUGAAAAUUGAUCCUGAACUUGGCUAUUCCUUCCUAGGGGUCACAGAUUGUUCACCACCCUGUCCUAACAUGUACUUCAGACGUGAAGAACUUUCUUUUGCAAGGUACUUCAUCGGCGUGAUCUCCAUCGUUUGCUUGUCUGCUACACUCUUCACCUUUCUCACAUUCCUUAUUGAUGUGAAGCGAUUCCGCUAUCCAGAACGGCCAAUCAUAUUUUAUGCAGUCUGUUACAUGAUGGUAUCCUUGGUGUUUUUUAUUGGGUUUCUUCUAGAAGACACAGUUGCAUGCAACAGAAAUGAUCCUUCAGUUUAUAAAGCAUCUACAGUGACACAAGGUUCCCACAAUAAGGCAUGUACUAUGCUAUUUAUGAUACUUUACUUCUUCACAAUGGCAGGCAGUGUCUGGUGGGUGAUCCUGACUAUCACGUGGUUUUUGGCUGCUGUUCCCAAGUGGGGCAGUGAAGCCAUAGAGAAGAAAGCACUGCUGUUCCAUGCAAGUGCUUGGGGGAUCCCAGGAACUCUCACGAUCACUCUCCUUGCCAUGAACAAAAUUGAAGGAGACAACAUCAGUGGUGUUUGCUUUGUUGGACUGUAUGAUAUUGAUGCACUGCGAUAUUUUGUUUUAGCUCCUCUCUGUCUCUACGUGGUGGUAGGUGUUUCUUUGCUACUGGCAGGUAUAAUAUCUCUGAAUCGUGUAAGGAUUGAAAUCCCACUAGAAAAAGAGAACCAGGACAAGUUGGUGAAGUUCAUGAUCCGUAUUGGUGUAUUCAGUGUUCUCUACCUUGUGCCGCUCCUUGUGGUAAUUGGAUGUUACUUUUAUGAACAAGCAUUUCGUACUGUAUGGGAGACGACAUGGAUUCAGGAACGCUGUCGUGAAUACCAUAUUCCCUGCCCUUACCAGGUUACCCAGGUGAGCCACCCUGAUCUUAUUCUCUUCCUUAUGAAAUAUCUGAUGGUGCUGGUUGUUGGAAUUCCUUCUGUAUUCUGGGUUGGCAGUAAGAAGACCUGCUUUGAAUGGGCCAGCUUCUUCCAUGGACACAAGAAGAAAGAUUCUGUAAAUGAGAGCCGCCAAGUACUGCAGGAACCCGAGUUUGCACAAUCAUUGUUGAGAGACCCCAACACCCCAAUCAUCCGCAAAUCCCGAGGUACCUCUACACAAGGAACCUCUACUCAUGCCUCUUCACAGCAGCUUGCCAUUAUGGAUGACCAAAGGAGCAAGGCCGAUAGUGUCCACAGUAAACUCAGCAGUUACCAUGGCAGUCUGCACAGAUCAAGAGAUGGCAGAUAUACACCAUGCAGUUUCAGAGGUUUGGAUGAGCGGUUGGUGCAUGGUAGUCUGCCGAGGCUCAAUGACCAAUCCCGGCAAAGCAGCCAACACCGCCUGAAUGAUCAGUCCCGGCAAAGCAGCAUCAGGGACCUGACAAACCCAGCAACUCAUAUUACGCACGGUACCAGCAUGAACCGGGUCAUUGAGGAAGACUGCACAAGUGCCUAAACAUAACCUCCUUUCCAAGGCAAAACAAAGGAGGCAAAGGGAAGAUGGGUAAAGCCAUUUACAAGAGAGAAUUUGUUUAGUGGCAGUUGUUACAAUAGGUCAAUGGCAGAUAAAUAGAUAAAGGUCUUGUUAAUUGCAGUUUCAUUUAUUGUCACUAAUGUUGGGAAGGAGGUUUAAAUAGUUACUGACAUAAACAUGAUGAACUCCUCUUUGGAACAACAAACGUUUAGAUGUAUUUUAACUGUCACAAUCAACGUAAAGGCGAGAAAGAAGGAAGUUCAAGGUGGCAUCUCAUUCCUGACAGAGAGCUGUUCGUUUUGGCUACUCUGUAAAACUGGGCAGGUAGGAAGCUUGUCUUCAAGGACAAUGAUAUGAUCCAUAAUGUAAAAAAACAAACUUCUUUUUAUAUCAUUGCUGAGACAUCUUUAAA